AUGGUCCUCGAAGCGACGAUGCUAGUGCUCGACAACUCGGAGUGGAUGAGGAAUGGCGACUACACGCCGUCCCGGUGGGAGGCCCAGUCUGACGCCGUCAACAUGAUCUUUGACGCAAAGACAAACUCCAAUGCCGAGAGCGAGGUCGGGCUGAUGACCAUGGCAGGCAAGAGCCCCGAGGUUCUCGUCACGCUGACCCAGGACGUCGGAAAGAUCCUGACCGCGCUGCACUCGACAAAGGUCGCCGGCACCUCGGACCUUCUUACCGGCAUCAACGUCGCCUCGCUCGCACUCAAGCAUCGCCAAAACAAGAACCAGCGCCAGAGGGUCAUUGUCUUUGUCGGCUCGCCCGUGGCAAACUCCGAGCAGGACCUUGUCAAGCUCGGCAAGCGGCUCAAAAAGAACAACGUGGCCGUCGACAUUGUCAACUUUGGCGAGGACGAGGAAAACGAGGACAAGCUCUCGAAGUUCAUCGAGGCCAUCAACAGCGGCGACAACAGCCACCUCCUGAGCAUCCCGGCAGGUCCGCAGCUCCUCUCGGACAUCAUCCUGACCUCUCCAAUCCUGCAAGAAGAGGGCGGCGAGAGCGGUGGUGCGGGCCCUUCGGGCAGCGGCGGCGGAGGAGGUGGAAACCAGUUCGAAUUCGGCGUCGACCCCAGUAUGGACCCCGAGUUGGCCAUGGCGCUCCGCAUGUCGCUCGAGGAGGAGCAGGCGAGACAGCGCGCCGCCGAAAAUGCCUCUGGCACCCAAGGGUCCACGCUGCCGACCGUGUCGGAGGGCGCCGAGAGCAGUGCCAUCGCCGCCGUGGCGGCUCCGUCGGCCUCGACCGGCCUGGCAGGGUCCGGCUCCAUGGUGGCGCACGGCGCCGAGGCCAUCACGGGCGAGGGCGCCAACGCCGACGACGAGUCCGAAGAGGCGAUGCUGCAAAAGGCCAUCGCGCUCUCACAGGCCGGCGCAGGGGACGAGGACGUCGAAAUGGCGGCGGCCGAUCCGGACGCCGGCAAGGGAUCGGGCAAGGCGGUCGUUGCCGGCCAGCACGAGGGCGACGAGGACGAGGAGAUGGACGAGGACGAGGCCAUCGCUCGUGCGAUUGAGAUGAGCCUGGCCGAGCGGGGCGAAGACGACGCCGACGCGGCCAAAAAGUGA